GCCGCCUCCCGCGGCGCCCGGGACGGCUGGGACCCUGGGCGGUCGGACGGACCGGCGCCGGUCAGGACUCGGGCCGUGCCGGCUGAGGGAUCCGAAGCGCCGCUGCGAUCCCCCCGGGGCCGGAGCAGGGGCGGGUGGGGGCGCAGGCCCGGGGGAUGCUGGGCUCGGUGAAGAUGGAGGCCCAUGACCUGGCCGAGUGGAGCUACUAUCCGGAGGCGGGCGAGGUCUAUUCUCCGGUGACCCCAGUACCCACCAUGGCCCCCCUCAACUCCUACAUGACCUUGAACCCUCUGAGCUCUCCCUACCCCCCUGGGGGGCUCCCUGCCUCUCCACUGCCCACAGGACCCCUGGCACCCCCGGCCCCCACAGCACCCCUGGGACCCACCUUCCCAGGCCUGGGUGCUAGCAGUGGUGGAGGCAGCAGCUCAGGGUACGGAGGCCCCGGAUCGGGGCUGGUGCACGGGAAUGAGAUGCCGAAAGGGUACCGGCGGCCCCUGGCACACGCCAAGCCACCGUAUUCCUACAUCUCGCUCAUCACCAUGGCCAUCCAGCAGGCGCCCGGCAAGAUGCUGACCUUGAGCGAGAUCUACCAGUGGAUCAUGGACCUCUUCCCCUACUACCGGGAGAACCAGCAGCGCUGGCAGAACUCUAUCCGCCACUCGCUCUCUUUCAACGACUGCUUCGUCAAGGUGGCGCGCUCCCCAGACAAGCCGGGCAAGGGCUCCUACUGGGCCCUGCACCCCAGCUCAGGUAACAUGUUUGAGAACGGCUGCUACCUGCGCCGCCAGAAGCGCUUCAAGCUGGAGGAGAAGGUGAAGAAAGGGGGAGGCGGGACCUCCGCCUCCAGGAACAGUGCGGGCUCUGCCUCCUCCACCAGCACCCCUGCUGCCCCCGUCACCUCCCCCCCGAAGCCCCAGCCUCCCCCUGCCGAGCCUGAGGCCCAGAGUGCCGAAGAUGUGGGGGCUCUGGACUGUGGCUCACCCCCUUCCUCCACACCCUAUUUCUCUGGCCUGGAUCUCCCCGGGGAGCUGAAGCUGGAUGCACCCUACAACUUCAACCACCCCUUCUCCAUCAACAACCUGAUGUCGGAGCAGACGCCAGCACCUCCCAAGCUGGACGUGGGGUUCGGGGGCUAUGGGGCAGAGGGGGGCGAGCCUGGGGUCUACUACCAGGGCCUCUAUUCCCGCUCUCUGCUUAACGCAUCCUAGCAGGGGGGCAGGAGCGUGGUGGGUGGGGUAUGGCCGAAACUCACACCAUUAAGCUCUUGGGGCCUGAUCCUCCGGGGACAGUUUGCUUGUCCCAUCAGUUAACACCUUGGUUGGUCUAUUACUUACUGUGGUGACUGCCAUCUCUGUGGGCAUCCCCUGGGUACUGUGAUAACUGCCACUGACACGUUGGUGGGCCCACUGGGUACUGUAGAGUCUGCCAUGUUGAUUGAUGUUAUCAGUUGGCCUAUUGGGUGCUCCAGCGGCCGCCAUCUGGGAUGACAUCUUGGUUGACCCUUUGGGUACAGUUCUGACACUAUUUUAGUUGCGUUUUCUUUGGCCCAGUGGGUGCUGUGAUCACUUCUCUGUUGGUGACUUCUUGGCAUGGUAGGUGCCGUAUUGGCUACCAUCCUCCAUAAUACUGUUUUUGGCCCAUUGGGUGCUAUGAUGGCACCACCUGGACUCUGACAUAACCGGUGUGCCACUGGGCAUCCAUCAUGAUGGCCACCACGGCCCCUGCGUUGGCCAUGCCAUCACCAUCUCCGGUGCGAGCUGAGUGAGGGGCGGAGAUGAGGAUACUCCUUGGUUUUUCUCCUGGAGCCCAUCCCCCCUCUGGUCCUGGAGAAACCAGAAAGGACUGGGUAGGGUGUGGGGAAUUUCUACUGAAGUCUGGUUCUUGCCUGGGAAGCGGGAUACUGGCUGUGUUUGACCAUUAAAGGCACCACUUCUGCCUCUUA